AUGGACCAAUAUUCUUCUCGUACGGAGAUCAUUCGUGCAUGUGCAUUUAAACAAUCAUCCGAUAAACAACAAAAUCAAUAUAUAUCCAACGGGAGCUUGCAUGAACUUGACUCGUCGCUGGAUCAAGAAUAUCAAGCUUUGUUCAAAAAUAAAGGACAGAGAAAAGCCAAGGACGUACUUCAAUAUAUUGAUGAUGAAUAUCGGUUAUGGAAAUCAUGUUCGGCAUUACAAUUCAAUAACAAUGAAGAUUGCAUGUCUCUGCGUAGCUCAACGGCUGUGAUAUCAAUCGGAGGAGCAGAUGGAUCUGAACUACUUGCAAUUUUACAGAACCUGGGUUCAUGCCACGGCAUUCUCGUGGAAAUCAGUCCGCCUGCAUGUGCUGAGGCUCGUGCUAAUGGCAUCCAACAUGUGAUUGAGUCUGAUGCCAUGGACGCUGCACAAAAGGUGGUGCCAAUGUUACUCGAAUGGCAAGAAAAAGGUCACGUCUCAAGUGUUCUGUUUAGUUGCCAAUCAGUCCUGCAUGAACUAUCCACUCGUUCGCCAAAAUUCACCAGAGAAGAAUUUCUGAAGGUGUAUCUGGAGCCAUUAAUAGCAUCAGGGUUGCGAACGAUGUUUUAUGCUCGAGAGCCAUGCACACCACGUAAUUGGUCGCAAGAGACAGAUUUGGUUGCCAUUCGCUUGUUUAAACUAGACAAAACUGACAUAGAAUAUGUGGCUAAUGAAAUUGCCAACAAACUCAGCAUUCAACGGUUGAACAAAUCAGGAACCAUUUUGACUGACAGGGAGUUGAAUUGUACUGUAGAAACCGCUGAUAAUGUUGAAUUAAGUGGGCGUGCAGUUUUGCCGUUGGCUUUGGGUCAAGAACUAUUGUUCAAACUGAUUUAUUGGAAGGACCUAGCUCACUUUGAAUACGAAAUGGGAGAGCAAUUGACUUCUUUUGAACCUGAAAGUUGGUCUCAGUCAUUGGCGAAGAUAGGUAUGAACUCCAGAAUGUCGUAUCUUACCACGGAACACUUUAGACGCUUGUAUCGUCAGGAAGAAAGCUUAAUCGGAGAACCGAUUUCCAUCAAUGCGUAUAAUGGUAAACCUUUAACAGUUCCCAUGUGUUUCGCACAAAUAUUUUCGUCGAAUGUCAAAACGCAUCAUAAUGGCGUUAAAUUGGCAGAAUAA